AGCAUGUACACUUUUGCAAUUAAAUUCUAAACUCAUUCUUAAUCCAUUAUUUGAUGAAUGUUUGUUAAGAUAAGAAACCCCACACAUGCUCAUCAAUAUCAUGCUCUUCUCUUCCUCUCUCUUUCUCACCACUGUUCCCUUCCUUUCUACCUUCCAAUAAAAAACAUCCACCUCUAAUCAGACAAAAAAAACGUUGUUUUUAUAACUCUCUUUGUUUCUUCUUCCACUUCCAUUCCAUCAUCAUUAUUUUAACCGGAACAAACCACCAACAACUUCUCUUACCCGUUCUUUCCUCUGUCUUUUCCAUACCUUGCCGUUUCUCCAAACAAGAACAAAUUUCUGGGUAUUGUAUCCUUAAAGUAUAGUCUUGUGACCCAUACUAUACGUAACUUUUGACGCUGAAAAACAAAAUUAAACACUGCGCCUUUUUUCCUCCUUUAUUCCUUUUUUCUUCUUCUUCGAAAGUGAUGGAACUUGCGGAAAUUCCUCAGUUGGAUUCGGUUUCUUCCUCUCGUGAGGCUUUGGAAUCAGGAGAGAUGAAGAUAGGUUCACAGAGAAUCUUGCUUUCGGAUCACAUAAAGGCAUAUCAACACUCUUCUGAGAAAGUGGAUAGCUUUGUGGUUGAUAUGGAUUCUUUCUCUUCCAGCAUCAACAACAAAGACAUCAUCAAUGCCAAUUCAAGAACAACAUUGCAGAGGAACCAUUCUAGGAAAGGAACUCAACGUUGGGGUGAUAGGAAUAUGAAUGGUGGUAAUGUCACAGUUGAAGACAAAGAUAUUGUCCCUACUACAUGCUCUCCGAGAGCUUCUUUGUUAGGACCCUCCAAGUCAACAGUGGCGGUAGGGUCCAUACAGAAUUCAUCAAACACACAGCAACAAGUGCAUCAUCAAAUUACUAUCACAACAGCUAGUAGUAACAUGUGUAACAACAACACAGAAAACAAAUGUAUGGUGAGGAGAAGUAGUUUUGGACGAUCUUAUUCAUGGCUCCUUGACCCUAAAAAAAUUCUUCUUAUCUUUGCCACAUUGUCAAGCGUGGGAACAUUAUUAUUGAUAUACUUGACUCUUAGUAUCAGCAAGCAUAAUAAUGGAGCUGAAUAAGGAAGUGAUUUGUUCGACCGAGACUUAUACCGGAUAGAAUGAGAUUUGAAAGCUUGCGAAUUCUAACUAAACUUCCACCAUCUUUAUGUCUGAAUCAGUUACCUCUUCUGGAGGUACAAGAGGGAGUUAAAGGAUGAGGAAGUUACUUUUUUCUUUUUCUCUUCAUAGGGUUUAUAUACCUCAGCUUGUAUCAUUCUAUUCUGUUUUUGCCCUCACAUGCAAUCAUAAUAGCAAAUGAAACUUUUUCCUUAUUUGUAAAUUUUAAAGUUAAUAUAGGGAAAAGGAAAAGGGAAGCAAUAGUUGAAUGUUAUGAGACCCAUGAAAGCUACCUAGAAGCUACAAUACAAAAGUGCAAUACCAUGAGCAGUGGGAACUAAAGAGACAUUGCAUGCUCAAUGAGAUUUUUGGUCUUUGUCAAUAAAGCUGUAAUCCACUAGUUGUAGUUUUCAGGGGCAAAUAAUGUUUGAUAUACAGGGGAACUUUUGGGAAUAAACUAGAUGUGUCAUGUGUGAAUCAUUUAGUUUAAUUUGGCAAGUUUCUUAUGUUGUGUAGUUGGUUUACAUGACUAAGCAUGUGAAGAUUAGAUCCUUUUCAACAGAACCUUUAUGUUAA